AUGGCACUCAGUAGAUGCAGCGGCUCCUCACCCAGGAGAGACCGACAUCGUGCUCCUAGAAAGCAGCAUCAGGAAGCUCUUCGACCACCUCCCCACGAACCCAUAAGCAGCACCAGCCUCUCUCAACGCCAGCUGCCCCACCCACGGCGUCUUCAGGACCGCUGCGCUUCUAGAACGGCAUCGCGGACCAGAAGCUCACCAUCGACACCGGCUGUCCUGUGCACCCCCGCCUCGUUGCUUUCCCGGCACCGCCUCAGCUCAUCCUGGACUUAUUCGCCUCUCCGAGCUGACAACCACGCAUCUCGACCCUUGAUGUCUGUGCUCAGCGCCACCCCGCCGCACCGCAGCCGCAGCCACAGCCGCGAGCUCAAACUUCCGGCUGCUGUGUGA